CUCUCUCUCUCAGUCUCUCUCUCUCUCUCUCUGCCCCCUCCUCAUUCCAUAUUGCCAUCCUCCCCCACACGACAAUCCAGCACAGAAGCCUUGCAUUAUAGCGGCAGACAUCUGACAUCCCCGGUCCAGUGGCGGUGAGACGCGGGGAGUGGGACGCACCGAGUGAUGCUCCUGCAGCACCGUCAUCUCGCGCCAGCGAAAACAAACCGAGAAUAAACAGUCACUUCUGCCGGAGGAAUAAAAACGUUCGCCUCGACGGAGCAACUGCUCAUGAAGAUGUCUAACGUUGACAUGGUGUUAAACGCCACUGAACGAGUGGUCAAAUCUGUGCCCUUCCCCCUGAGCCAUCGGCUCACCAUGAAGGAGGUGUUCGACUGUGAGGGGAAGCCCCGUGUGGACCUGCUGAAGGCCCACCUGACCAAGGAGGGCCGCGUGGAGGAGGCUGUGGCCCUGCGCAUCAUCAACGAGGGAGCCGCCAUCCUGCGGCAGGAGAAGACCAUGCUGGACAUUGAGGCCCCGGUCACAGUGUGCGGCGACAUCCAUGGGCAGUUCUUUGACCUAAUGAAGCUGUUCGAGGUGGGGGGGUCGCCAGCCACAACACGGUAUCUCUUCCUGGGAGACUACGUGGAUCGAGGAUACUUCAGCAUCGAGUGCGUGCUGUACCUCUGGUCGCUGAAAAUCCUGUACCCAAAGACACUAUUUUUAUUGCGAGGAAACCACGAAUGUAGACAUUUGACAGAGUAUUUCACUUUCAAACAAGAAUGUAAAAUCAAGUAUUCCGAGCAGGUGUAUGACUCGUGCAUGGAUGCCUUCGACUGCCUCCCCCUUGCCGCCCUCAUGAACCAGCAGUUCCUGUGCGUCCAUGGCGGUCUCUCCCCAGAAAUCCAUACCCUAGAUGACAUCAAGAAGCUGGACCGGUUCAAGGAACCACCCGCAUUUGGGCCCAUGUGCGAUCUUCUGUGGUCAGACCCGCUGGAGGACUUUGGGAACGAGAAGACCCAGGAGUACUUCAGCCAUAACACGGUCAGAGGCUGCUCCUACUUCUACAGUUAUUCCGCCGUCUGUGAGUUUCUACAGAACAAUAACUUACUUUCAGUCAUCCGGGCUCACGAAGCACAGGAUGCUGGGUACCGGAUGUACCGGAAGAGCCAGACCACCGGCUUCCCCUCCCUAAUCACCAUCUUCUCAGCACCCAACUACCUUGAUGUUUACAAUAACAAAGCUGCUGUCCUGAAAUAUGAGAACAACGUCAUGAACAUCCGCCAGUUUAACUGCUCCCCCCACCCGUACUGGCUGCCCAACUUCAUGGACGUUUUCACCUGGUCGCUUCCCUUCGUUGGCGAGAAAGUCACGGAGAUGCUGGUCAACGUGCUGAGCAUCUGCUCCGAUGAUGAGCUCAUGAACGACGGCGAUGAAAUCUUCGACGCCAACGCCGCCGCUGCUAGAAAGGAGGUGAUUAGGAACAAGAUCCGGGCGAUUGGGAAGAUGGCCAAGAUGUUCUCUGUGCUGAGAGAGGAGAGCGAGAACGUCCUGACUCUGAAGGGCUUGACACCUACUGGCAUGCUCCCCAGUGGGGUUCUCUCCGGGGGCAAGCAGACACUACAGAGCGCUACGAUCGAGGCCAUUGAAGCCAUCGAGACUGAACCUGAGGACGGAGAAGCGGUCCGUGGGUUUUCGCCCCAGCACAAGAUCAGCAGCUUUGAGGAGGCGAAGGGCCUGGACCGCAUCAACGAAAGGAUGCCACCGCGCAAGGACGCAGUGAACAACGUGGGACAUUCUAUGGGCAAAAUGAACAUGUCAGAAUCCAACGGCACGGACGAUAACAGCAAUAUACAGUGAUCCGUCCGCGCCGAGCGCAAACCGCCAUCUGCCAGCGCCGACGCUACUGACGACGCGGCCGAACAUCGCAAGCUGCAAAUUCAGGCCUCAGCUAAACUACGACGACGACAAUGGACUCCAUUUACUGAAAUAUGUGGUUUUUUUUUUCCUUUUCUUUUCUUUUUGCUUGAAUUUUAAUUAGAGGAACCAUCAGGUUUGGAAGGUGCUUUGCUUUUGAUACUGUGUUGUUGACAGCGGAUGCCUGAGAGGGGCAGGUCUGUGCAUGGUUGGAUUGGGGUGAAUCCGCUUUCAGGAAGUGAUCCCGGAAGCACAUAAGCCACUUCCCUUUCCUGUCAGGUGUGGGUCUUUCGGGUUUCCUUUGAGAGUCGUUAUUUACAUUGCAUUGGCACUAUAUAUAAUACUAUAUAGCUAUGUUAUAUAUAUAUAUUAUAUAUAACAAUUUUAAUUACAUUUUUAAAUCAUAAACAUAUAAAAUGAUACUGCUGUUCAACAUGUUUUGCUACUAGUAUUAAUGAAUAUAAAAUAUUUAUAAAAUUAAAAAAAAAAAAGCUGUAAAAUUUUAAACGAUGUGCAAUGCAGCCUUACCUGAGAAUUUGUUAUUUAUUAUUACCAUCGGGGGUAUGAUGACAAGCCCGGAGGUCACCACACGGUCACCACACGGUUACCACACGGUCACCACACGGUUACCACACGGGAUUGGCUGUCGAUCGCCCUCUAUCUGCUGUUCAUGCCACAUUCAGUGUGCCGGCAAACUCGACUGUCUCUCACUUGCCUGUGAUGAAAGAAGUAAAAAUGCACAGUCUUUCUUUUUUUUCCCACAGACCUCUUUUGCCAUCGCAGUAAUAACAACAGACAGACCGAACAAAGACAGUAAUUUGUACAGCAUCUGCAGAACGCAUCGUUGCAUGCGAUUAAGUUCCUUAAUUGAUAUGUGAGAUUAUAUUUGUGCUGUGUUUUGGUAUUUAGUAGAUUUGAAUCAUUUCUCACUUCAAAUUCUAUUUGUAAGGUUAUGUUUUUUAUUUAUAUAACAUUUUAAUUUUUUUCCCCUUUUGUAUGUUUCCACGUUUUCAUUACUUUGCGAUCUUUGAGUUUAUUUCCUGCUGUACAGACACCGACGCUCCUAAAGGUGUGAAGCCCUGUGUUCACUUUUUCUGUUCUGUUGAUGUACAGAAGUUGUUCAAUAGUGUGAAUGAAUAUAUUAUUCAGUGACAAGCAACAUUCAGGCUGCCAAAGCAUGAUCGCAUGGUUUAUUCCGACAUAAACAAAUCUGACCCAAAUCCCGUGUCUCACUUUUAAAAGGCGAAUAUAUUCACAUUAUAAUUCUUGACAAUAUUCCUCCUAUUAUUAUUAUAAUUAUAAUUAAGCUUACUGUUCCUUAUUCUUCCACUGUUUUCUGAACUUUGUUUGGUCUCAAUGUGGUACACUUUGAGAAAGGAAUUUCAUGGAAUUUAACUUGUGACAAUUUUUCUUGUAUUUUCCUCUGGAACUUAAGUUUUCGCAUACGACUCCCUAACGAUACACACAUUGUAAGCAUGCCCUAUGGGACAAGCCUUUUUUUACUCUUGAAUAAAAUAUGCAUGAAGUAC